CAAACCUCUCUUGCCUGCUUCGACCAUACAAAUACAUACAUAAAGCAACCUCCUCUUCUCUCUCUCUCUCUCUCUCUCUCUCUCUCUCUCACGCACACAACAGCAAGUCAGCAAUGGCUUCUUCUUGCUUCGACGUACGUAUUCUCCUCCCUCUGUUGUUCCUCACGGCAUCCGUCUGGUUUUUCUCGGCGACUCCUUCCGCCGCUGAACUUCGCCGCCUCCACCACCAACCCAAACCCGACAACUCUCUCAGCUUUCUCGUCGUCGGAGACUGGGGCAGACAGGGAUCUUACAAUCAAUCUUUCGUCGCCCAUCAGAUGGGAAUCGUGGGGGAGAAACUGGACAUUGAUUUUGUGAUAUCGACUGGGGAUAACUUCUACGAAGAUGGCCUCAAAGGAGUGGACGAUCCUGCCUUCUAUGACUCAUUUGUCAACAUCUACACAGCUCCCAGCUUGCAAAAACCUUGGUACUCUGUUUUGGGCAACCAUGACUAUAGGGGUGACGUUGAGGCACAAUUGAGUCCCGUUCUUAGACAUAAAGACAGUAGAUGGAUUUGCAUGAGGUCUUUCAUACUCAAUGCAGAAAUUGUGGAGUUUUUCUUUGUGGACACAACUCCGUUUGAAGAUGACUACUUUACAGACCCGGGGGAACAUACCUAUGACUGGAGUGGUGUGCUUCCUCGCCAAGCUUACCUUUCUAAUCUCUUGGAGGAAGUGGAUUCAGCUCUGAAGAAUUCCAAGGCUACAUGGAAGUUGGUGAUUGGUCAUCAUACAAUCAAAAGUGCUGGCCAUCAUGGAAAUACACAAGAACUUGAGGCUCAGCUUGUCCCAAUCCUUGAGGCAAAUGACGUUGAUGCGUACAUAAAUGGACAUGACCACUGCUUGGAGCAUAUAAUUGACUCAGAAAGUGGGAUUCAGUACUUGACGAGCGGAGGGGGAUCAAAAGCAUGGAGGGGUGAUGUCGGGCCUUGGAACACUAAGGAAUUGAAGCUGUAUUAUGAUGGUCAAGGAUUCUUGUCCGUCCACCUCACCCAAAGCCAGGCAUACUUUGUAUUCUAUGAUGUUUUUGGCAAGGUCUUACACAAAUGGACCAUCUCCAAAAACCUUAACCCAUCAGCUUAGAAAUCUGUUUACUUGUAAAGCUUAGAAUUGGUACCAGAAAGCAAAAGGGAGAUAUGUUUGGGAGUAUUUGACGGCAUAUAUGCUUCCUCGUUAAGUAAUUCUUUUCAAAAUAAAAUUACUGGACUGAUAUGAAUUUGCAGCGU